AUGAUUUUAGAAUAUUUAAAAACGACUCAUAUUGAUGAUUGUGUUGAUAUUUUAUCCAAAGAAGACGAUCUUGCUUACUACAGCAUAAAAGUAGAUUUCAUAAAACUUUUUGAAUCCUAUCCUGACGUUGGUGAUAAAGUAUUGUGUAGUCCUGUCGAGUCUCUACCUGCCUGUAAUAGAGAUGUUAUUCUAGCACAGAGGCAUAUCUUGGAUAUGCCAGAAUAUAAACAUUUGAUCCAUAAGCUUGAUCAUUGUUGCCUAAAAAAGAAUGUUCACGCAAGAUUCUUUGGAUUGCCAGUUUGUCCAGAAUUGCAUAGAACAGUAUUUCCUAAGAAUGUUGAUUUGGGAUGUUUUUUGAAAGUAAAUGGAACAGUUGUAAGGGUAACUCAAGCAAAGAUGUUGGAAUAUCAAAGAAAGUAUGUUUGUGUUAAAUGUAAAUAUGAAAAUAUAAUUGAGGCUGACUUUGAAAACAGAUAUAUAUUAAAAGCACCAACAAAGUGUGGCAAUACAGAAACUAGGUGUAAAUGUUCCACAUUCACACAGGUCAAUUUAGUUUCUAGGGAAUAUUGUAAAGAUUAUCAAGAAAUUAAAAUACAGGAACAAGUAAAUAAACUAAGUAUUGGCUCAAUUCCUGGUUCCAUGUGGGUGGUGCUUGAAGAUGAUUUAGUUGAUUGUUGCAAACCUGGUGAUGAUGUUAUUAUAUGCGGUAUAGUUCGCCGCAGAUGGCGUCCCUCGUCACAGACAAAGCGGUCUGAGGUUGAACUAGUGUUACAUGCGAAUUACAUUGACGUCAUUAACGCCCUUCGCUCGGAAGUGGUAGCAUCAGCACCUGAUGUUAAGGACUGCUUUGACGAGUUUUGGUCUAAAUAUGAGAAAUGCCCUCUGAAAGGCCGAGAUCGGAUACUUGAAUCUGUUUGUCCUCAGGUGUAUGGACUGCAUCUUGUUAAAUUGGCAGUAUUGUUAACAGUGAUUACUGGUUCAAAUCAUGCCAUUGAUCAUGAAAGGAAAAAUGUAGACGAAAACCACACAACACGCGUGAGGGGACAGUGUCAUUUACUUCUUGUUGGCGAUCCAGGUACGGGAAAAUCUCAAUUACUCCGCGCAGGCGCAGAUCUAACUGCUCGUUCGGUUUUCACUUCAGGCGCUGGUAGCACUCGAGCGGGACUCACUUGUGCUGCACUGAGGGAGGAAGGCGAAUGGCAGCUAGAAGCGGGUGCGUUAGUACUGUCGGACGGUGGCGUGUGUUGUAUCGACGAGAUAUCUCACUUACGAGACCAUGACAGGACUGCUAUACACGAAGCAAUGGAGCAACAGACUAUUUCCGUAGCCAAGGCAGGAAUAGUGUGCAAGUUAAACACCCGUUGUGCGGUGAUAGCUGCCUGCAAUCCCAAAGGACAUUAUCAGACUGACCAGCCUCUCAGCGUCAAUGUAUCCCUUGGAACACCCUUGCUAAGUAGGUUUGACUUGAUUUUUAUUUUACUGGAUUCGAAAAAUAAACAUUGGGACAAAUUAGUAUCGUCGUACAUACUGUUUGGAGGCAAUGCUGAUAGUAAGAAAAGGUGGAGCAUUGAGAAAUUGCAGAUGUACAUCAGUCUUAUUGGACCAAGGCAAAUGGAAAUGACAAAAUCAGCGAAUAUAAUAAUUCAGCAUUAUUACAUGAGUCAAAGGAAAUCAGCCUCCAGGGAUCCUUCUAGAACAACAGUUAGGAUGCUUGAUAGCCUUGUUAGAUUAUCACAAGCACAUUGCCGACUCAUGUAUAGAACCACCAUUUUACCAGUUGACGCAAUAGUGGCUGUUUCAUUAGUAGAUCUUUCAAUGCAGGAUUGCACACUUUCCGACACAGCCACUGCUCUCCAUUCCACAUUCCAAAAAUAUCCAGACUAUGAAUAUUUACACAUGGCCAAAAAGCUUCUUGCACAACUAAAUUUAGAUGAAAUCUGGAGAGAAGAACUACUGUACUAUGCAAAACUAUUAAGAGUAGACCAUAAGACAUUAGAAAAUGAAAUUAAUAGUGAAAAUCCUUCUAUAUUUGCUCAAGUUGAUGACGUUGAAGAUAGCAAUAUACAACUUUCAGCAACUUUAGUCACAAGUUCAUACUUUAAUAACAAUGAAAAGAAAAUCGAGAAAGAUGGCAUUAAUAGUAAACUAGCAGCUACUCUGGUCAAACAUGCAGCACUUAAUAAAAAAAUAAAAAUACCUUCAGUUCAUAAAAGAACUAAACGAAAGAGAAAAGAAAUUGUUAUAGAUACAAAUGCACAACUCAAAGAAACUAAGACGAAAAAGAAAAAAGCUAAACUAAACAGUGAUGUUGAAAGUGAUGAAGAUUUUGAUAUAAGCAAAGCAUUAAAUGCAGUUCCAAGUGUAAAUGAUGUUUUUAAUGAUUUGGGUAUUGAUUUCAAUGUAAAUCAUGAUUUAGAUGUACUUGAUGUUGAAAAUAAUAAACCAUGUGAGUUAUUCAAUUCUAAUCAACAGAAAUCUAACAAGAGAGAUGUAGGUAAUGUAAAAACUUCUACAAACAAUGAAUUGGACAGUAAGGAUAAUACUGUAAAUAAGUUAAAACAGUUUCAAUUUAAAAGUAAAAAUGAUAUAAAUAAGUACUAUGGUGACAGUGUAAAACAAGAACCUUAUACAAAUACUGUCCUAGAAAAAAGUUUCAGUAAUACAUUAGAAGAAAAGAAACCUGAUAAAAAUUCUCAAAUAUCAAUGUUUGAAACUGACUGUGAUAUUGAUUUGGAUAUUUAG